AUGUCGCAAAUUUCAGUAAAUUUCGAUGAAGUUGAUAUAUGCAAGUGUGGUUAUUAUUGUCGACUGAAAACUUCGAGGACUCCUUUGAACCCAGGUCGUCGAUUUUUUGGAUGCAAAUCAUCAAAGGAAAAUGGUGGAUGUGGAUAUUUUAGAUGGAUUGAUCCGUCGCUUGAAAAUGUUGAUGAAUCAUCCUCAAUGAAUAGACUCAUAGACGGUCAAAAUCCGAUUGAUCGACUAAAGAGAAAAGUGAAAGAGCUUGAAGAAGAAAAAGAUUCUUUGAAAUUUCAAUUGAAUGAAAGUGAAGUGAAAUUGAUGGGCAUUGAAGAUGCCUGGGAAGGAGUUAAAUGCCAGAAGGAAGUGAAUCGAGAGGAUCCACCUCGGUUGUCAUGGUUGCCGCCUCCAAGAGAAGAGAGGGAACAAUCGGUGCCCUAA